CCUCGCGUCGCAGAGGCCUGAGGGAUGCUGAGGCAGGCGGCCUCCUCAGCCUGGAGCUCCCCACGCGGGACCCCGCGCGGACAUCCCUCGGCCCCGGCCUCCGCGUCCCGGCCCAGCACGGAAGGCGCCGCGGCCGACAGGAGCAGCAGCAGCAGCAGCAGCAGCAGCCCCGUGCGGCCUGCGCCAGGUUCAUCAUUUGGAAACAAAAGAUCUUAUGCAAAACACACAGUUGCAUCCAAUUUUCCUAUUGGUACAACAAGCUCAUCUUCUGCACGAGAUGCCAAUUAUCCACAAAUAUUUAGAACUCCGUUAUCUGCUGGAAAUCCCCAGAGAUCAGGCUAUAAAAGUUGGACACCUCAAGUAGGAUAUUCAGCCACAUCUUCUGCAGUGUCUGCUCACGCCCCGUCCGUCAUUGUCGCUGUGGUGGAAGGAAGAGGGCUGGCCAGGGGUGAGAUAGGAAUGGCAAGCAUUGAUUUAAAAAGCCCACAGAUUGUAUUGUCACAGUUUGCAGACAACACAACAUAUGCAAAGGUGAUCACUAAACUCAAAGUUUUAUCACCUUUGGAAAUAAUAAUGUCAAAUACUGCUUGUGUUGUGGGAAAUUCAACCAAAUUGUUUACUCUGGUCACAGAAAAUUUCAAGAACGUUAAUUUCACUACAGUCCAAAGGAAAUACUUCAAUGAAACAAAGGGCUUAGAGUACAUUGAACAGUUAUGCAUAGCCGAGUUCAGCUCUGUCCUAAUGGAAGUUCAAUCCAGGUAUUACUGCCUUGCAGCUGCUGCAGCCUUGUUAAAAUAUGUCGAAUUCAUUCAAAAUUCAGUUUAUGCACCAAAAUCGCUGAAGAUUUAUUUCCAAGGUAGUGAACAGACAGCCAUGAUAGAUUCAUCAUCAGCCCAGAACCUUGAGUUGCUCAUCAAUAACCAGGACUACAGGAAUAAUCACACUCUUUUUGGUGUUUUAAAUUACACUAAGACUGCGGGAGGGAGCAGAAGGCUGCGCUCUAACAUACUGGAGCCCCUGGUUGAUGUGGAAACUAUCAACAUGAGGCUGGACUGUGUCCAGGAGCUGCUUCAGGACGAGGAGCUCUUCUUUGGACUCCAGUCGGUCAUAUCAAGAUUCCUGGAUACGGAGCAGCUGCUUUCUGUUUUAGUUCAAAUCCCAAAGCAAGACACGGUUAAUGCAGCUGAAUCAAAGAUAACAAAUUUGAUCUACCUGAAGCAUACUUUGGAACUUGUGGAUCCUUUAAAGGGCACCUUGAAGAACUGUAGCACACCUUUGCUAAGAGCUUACUACGGCUCCUUGGAAGACAAGAGGUUUGGACUAAUACUUGAAAAGAUUAAAACUGUGAUAAACGAUGAUGCAAGGUACAUGAAAGGCUGCCUGAACAUGCGCACUCAAAAGUGCUAUGCAGUACGCUCGAACAUCAGUGAAUUCCUAGACAUAGCUAGGAGGACAUAUACAGAGAUAGUGGAUGACAUAGCAGGAAUGAUAUCACAGCUUUCGGAGAAGUACAGUCUUCCAUUACGGACCAGCUUCAGCUCUUCGAGGGGCUUUUUCAUCCAGAUGACUACAGACUGUGCCGCGCUCUCCAGUGACCAGCUUCCCCCAGAGUUUAUCAAGAUUUCUAAAGUGAAAAACUCAUAUAGCUUUACAUCAGCAGAUUUAAUUAAAAUGAAUGAAAGAUGCCAGGAGUCUUUGCGAGAAAUCUAUCACAUGACUUACAUGAUAGUGUGCAAGCUGCUUAGUGAGAUUUAUGAGUACAUUCAUUGCUUAUACAAGCUCUCUGACACUGUGUCAAUGCUGGAUAUGCUGCUGUCUUUUGCUCAUGCCUGUACCCUUUCUGACUAUGUUCGACCAGAGUUUACUGACACUUUAGCAAUCAAACAAGGAUGGCAUCCCAUUCUUGAAAAAAUAUCUGCAGAGAAACCUGUUGCAAACAAUACAUAUAUUACAGAAGGGAGUAAUGUUCUGAUCAUAACUGGACCGAAUAUGAGUGGAAAAUCCACGUAUUUAAAACAGAUUGCACUUUGUCAGAUCAUGGCCCAGAUUGGUUCUUAUGUUCCAGCAGAAUAUGCCUCCUUUAGGAUUGCUGAGCAGAUUUUCACAAGAAUCAGUACUGACGAUGAUAUUGAAACAAAUUCAUCGACAUUUAUGAAAGAGAUGAAAGAGAUAGCAUAUAUUCUGCAUAAUGCUAAUGACAAGUCACUCAUAUUAAUUGAUGAGCUUGGUAGAGGCACUAAUACAGAAGAAGGCAUUGGAAUUUCUUACGCUGUCUGUGAGCAUCUGCUGAGCAUAAAGGCAUUUACACUCUUCACGACCCAUUUCCUGGAACUAUGCUCCAUAGAUGCCCUGUAUCUUAAUGUAGAAAACAUGCAUUUUGAAGUUCAACAUGUAAAGAAUACCUCAAGAAAUAAAGAUGCAAUUUUGUAUACUUACAAACUUUCCAGGGGACUCACAGAAGAAAAAAACUAUGGUUUAAAAGCUGCAGAGGCCUCCUCACUUCCACCAUCGAUUGUCUUGGAUGCCAGAGAGAUCACAACACAAAUCACAAGGCAAAUUUUGCAAAGUCAAAGGAGUUCCCCUGAGAUGGAUAGGUGGAGAGUUGUGUACCAUCUUGCCACAAGGCUUGUCCAGGCCGCCCGAAACUCUCAGCUGGAACCAGACAAACUACGGACAUACCUGAGUAAUCUCAAGAAGAAGUACGAAGACGACUUUCCCAGGGCUGCAGACCUUCCAGAGAGGACUGAGGAAUAAGAGCUCACAGCUUAUUCACUAACUGUGGCUCAGUUGCUUAGUUUUAGAUUUUAAUUGAAAAUUACAGUAUAUUAACUUCAGAAUUUUUACCUUUGCGUUCUAGAUGGAGAAUAGUCAUUAGAAUAACUUUAAAAGUGACAACCCUUGAAAGAAAAGAUUUUCGGUUUUUGAUUUUAUUUACUUCCUUUUUUUUUUUUUUUUUUGUCUUGUUUUGAUUUGUUUUUCAAGACAGUGCUUCUCUAUGUAGUCCUGGCUGUCCUGGAAUGCACUCUGUAGAUCACUGACCUUGGACUCAGAGAUCCUCCUGCCUCUGCCUCUUGAGUGCUGGGAUUAAAGGCGUAUGCCACCAACACCAGGAGAAAGAAAAGUUUUUGUUAGAAAAAAAUGUACAGUAGUCUUCAUUUGUGAAGUCAGGUUAAGUUUGUACUUCCCCAUAUUACAAGUUACAGUUCAGAAUAUUGACAGAAAUGUUUUAGCUUUAAAAAUAACCUUUUUAGGUUUGAAAAGCUACUUUUAAACAUUUAUAUUCUGUUCUAACAUAAUGCUCUAUGACUCAAUCACAUCUUAGCCAGGUAUCUGACACUAAAUGAUUCUGAAGUUCAUUAGAACGAUGAUGGGAACUAGUCUUUGACAGUCACUAGACAUCAGUGUAGUCCUAAAGGUGAAAAUAAAGACCUUAUAAUGCAGUGAGUGAUACUGGAAAGGGUUGUUGACAGCCUGCUUCUAACGCUCAGGAGUCUGUGUUCUGCUUGCUGGCUCGUUCCUCUUUCUGCUUUUCAUUCUGGCUGCCUGUUUUACAUAAAGGCAACAGAGAGACAGCACUGAUCUGUCUCCCUUGUGUAUUCCCAGGGUACUAGCAAGAUGGUUCAUUAGGCAAAGGCACUUGCUGCCAACCCUGAAAACCUGGAACCCAUGUGGUGAAGGAGAGAAUCGAUUCCCUCCAGUUGUCCUCCGACCUCCACAUACACACUAUGGUUUACAUGCCUGUGUGCAUAUACACACAACAAAUGUAAAGAAUUAUUAUUAUUUUUAAUAUCAAUACAAUCCAUGUGAUAUAUGAGUACAGUACUGAGGAAACAACAAGAAGAAUGUACACACUCAAAUGACACCUUUAAUAUAACAGUGUCCUCACUACCACAUCAGAGUUUACCAAAAGGUCAUUGUUUUGUAAAAGAGCAAAAGAAAGCAGUCAUUUAUUUCUUCACUGGAAAGUGCUCCUCUCUUCUUCAACAUCUCAUUUUACAGUUCCAUCUCGGUGGGUGACUUGCUCAUAAAGUCAUAAUUUAUAGAUCUGCCCUGUAGACUUUUGUUUCCUUGAACGGCUAAGUGCCUGGAACUCAGGUGAACCAAACCAUUUAUUUAGUAGUUGAAAUAUUUGUAGAAAUUUGACCAACAGAAUUAUUCACAGACUGUUUAUGCUGUAGUUUCUUUGUUUAUGUGUAUGUGCUUGUUUCUGUAUGAGUAUGUGCCACAUGUAUGUGGCCUCUGCAGAGGCCAAAAGAGGGCAUGGGAUCCCCUUGAACUGGAGUUAGCAGGUGUUGUGGGUGCUAGCAAUCUAACACAGGUCCUCUGGAAUAGCAAGAAGCAUUCUUAACAGCUGAGCAUCUUUCCAGUGUUCCCAUGUUUUUUUAAUAUGUGGAUAUUUUACAGUAUUUAUUGGUUAUAUAUAUUGACUUCAUUAAGCUUGGUUUGGUAUUCCAACAUUAAUAGCCAACUAUAUUAAAGAAGUCAUAAUUCAAAUGA